CAGAGGUGCCAGGACAGUGAAUUGCCAGGCUCAGAGGUGCCAGGACAGUGAAUUGCCAGGCUCAGAGGUGCCGGGACUGAACUGCCAGGCCCAGAGGUGCCGGGACUGUGAACUGCCAGGCCCAGAGGUGCCGGGACUAUGCACUUCCAGGCCUAGAGAUGCUCGGCCUAUGAACUGCCAACCUAAAGGUGCCGGGGCUAGGAACUGACAAGCCUAGAGGUGCCGACACUGAGCCCUGGCAAGCCCUGGCACAAAUUAAGCACUGCUUCUACCUCUAAGGGACUGGCUGUGUCAGGAUGCUGGGGAGGGAAUAAGAGGCCUUUCAUCUCUAGGACACUGGUUACAAUCCAGCAACGCUGACUCUUUUUUUGGCUACGUCUACACUACACACCACUGGUGGUAGCAUAUAGGGUGUGUGUAGCUACACAACACAAUGAGAAACUGCUGCCUAUCCCAUUGCCGGAGCCUUACCCCACUUCUGGAGUCUUUUUUCCUGCAGCGGGGAAAGGCUUCAGCUGCAGGCAGUCAGCGGGAUGCUACUCUGCUGAAAACAGCACUGAGUGGACGGGGAGGCGUGGCGUGGGUGAGCAGAGAGCAUGUGGGGUAUGUUCUCGUGUACACCUUCACCCUUUGGGAGUGUCUUUACUUUCCUAAGCCGUGUCUCAUGGUCUGCACUGCACUUUACACCCAUGCUAAGGGGACCUCCCCUUAUGUGCACUCUAUAUGCUGCUGAAAGAACCGUGCAGAUGAACCCUUUGUGUGGAGUGAGCUGUGUCUGGGGAGGGACUGGUCUGACUCCAGUUGCUUUUGGGCUUGAGGUCUACAAUGCAAAGACCGCUUGCGACAUGGGAACAUCCUGGCCAUCAGAGCAGAGAGGACAUGGACCGAAAUGGCCAUGAUGCAACUUCCUUCCUACCCAUACACAUAGACCCGGAUUUUCUAAGGCAUUGCAAUGAUGAGAUUUGACCAUAGGUUUUCCACCUCUCAGGUGUGAGAUGUUCCAGCAGCCCACAGGGAUUUCUCUUGAGCUGGAAAAGAGACUCAGUGAUUUCUCUCAAAAAACUAUUGCUUUAAAGGAGACCCUGAGGAAAUUCAAAGACACUCUGUCUCUGGCACUACAGACUGGGGCAGGGAGAUCUCUAGCAUGGGGAGUGGACACCAUAGGAAGAAAGGCGAAUGUGACUCUGGAUCCAGACACAGCUCAUCCCCAGCUUGUCCUGUCUGCAGACGGGAAAGGCGUGAGAUGGGGACAUGAGCAGCAGGAUCUGCCUGACAAUCCUGAGCAAUUCAAUUCCGUUCUCUUUGUGCUGGGCCGUGAGGGGUUCGCCUUGGGCAGACACUACUGGGAGGUGGAGGUGGGCGUUGGGAGAAUCUGGUCGGUGGGGGUGGCCAGGGAGUCUGUGAGGAGGAAGGGACGGAUGAGCAAUUACCCUGAGCAGGAGAUCUGGGCUGUGGGUCACUGGGGCGGUCAGUACCGGGCUUACACCUCCGGUGAGACCAUUCUGCCCCUGCCUAUGAUCCCCAGGAGAAUCCGGGUGGCUCUGGACUAUGAAGAAGGGCGGGUGGCAUUUUUUGAUGUUGACAACAAGUUCCCGAUCUUCAUUUUCCCACCGGCCUCUUUCACCAGGGAGAGACUCUUCCCUUUCUUUUUGGCAGGAUCCCCACUCCGGCUGUGUCCCUGAGAUAGGGGCAAAGGAGAAUGGUCCCAUGUGACCAUAGGAGCUGACUCCACGGGUGCUCCAGGGAUGGAGUGCUCCCAGAAAAAAGACAGUGGGUGCUCAGCACCCAUCAGCCACAGGUGUUCAGUGGUACAGCCAAUCAGCUGUUUGGCAGUGCCCCUGAUCAGCUAAUUGGGGGCGCUGCUAAACAGCUGAUGGUGCUGCCAACAAACAGCUGUUUGGCAGCUCGGGGAGAGGUUGGGGGGAGGGUGGAGGACAGCGAGUGGUGGACAGGUGGGGGCUUCGGGC